AUGGCUACGCUCUUCCUUACUCCCAGCGUCGCCUUCACGUCGACAUGGGUCGGAAUGCUUCUCUGCUUCAUAUUUUAUGGCGGAACUUUUGCGGCUGCGUUGCUGCAUACGACAUCCCGAGUAGAGGUUUCUGGCCGUAUACAAGGCUACUCUGCACUAGCAGUGGAUGCAUUCAUUACGUUGUCUCUGUGCGUCAUCCUUCAUCGCUCCAGAACCGGGCACAAAGCGACGGAAAACUUAAUAUCUCGUGUGAUCGCGUUCGUAAUCGGUCGCGCAAUACUGAUAUUUCUCGUCCAGCUCCUUGUCAUCGUCACGUACAAACCGAACGGUACACAAGCCAUGGAUGGGGUGUACUGCUUUGCUGGGACAUUGAACAUCAAUACGGCCUUAGCCACUCUCAAUGCUCGUCGCCCACCUCUGAAUGCAACGGACAUACAGGCCAGCGGGGACACGUCAUCAAGUCCCAUAACUAGCUUUCAUGUCCGCCGAACAUCGGUCUCGACUAUACAGUCAACUAUGACUGAGUCCAGCGAGUCCGAGAAGUUCCCUGCCAAUGUGUCAGAAUCACUAGUGCCAGAGAAAGUCGAUGAUGUCAUUUUUGAAGGUAGUAUAUGA